AUGGCUGUAGCUGGAACGAAUUCUCGGUACCCAUAUCCUGCAAUUUAUCGCAUUUACAGAACCGUGAAAAUGGAAGUGAGGUUCGUCAGACCACAGAAUGUUCCAUGGCUAUUGAUUGUUACUUCCAUCUGGGCAAGGAAUCUUAGUGCAAAAGACGUGCUUCCAAUUCAGCAGGCAGCAACUGUUGCACAUGAGUUAUCUUAUACGGAUAACAGUGCAAGAUGUUCCGUAGGACUUAACGCAACGCGUGGAUCGGUGCUGAGCACUGAUGAUUCCAACAUCAUUGCUGAGGGUGUCCCGCAAGGAAGCGUCCUCAGCGUCACACUAUUCAUCCUUCAUCUUAGUCAGAUUUUAAAUACCUUGCCACCAUCUAUUCAUGGAAGUUUAUAUGUUGAUGACCUUCAAAUUUCUUGUCAAGGUGAGAGCAUGUUGUUAAUUGAGCAACAGCUGCAAAAUGCAGUUAACAAGUUGGUAACGUGGUGCGACAAUAAUGGACACACUAUAUCUGCCGAUAAAAGUCGGUGCAUCCAUUUCUGCAGGAAAAGAAAUAUUCACUUUGAUCCGAACAUUCAUAUCCGAAAUGUUCCUAUUCCUAUUUCUAAAGAAUUACGUCUUUUGGGAGUGAUUUUCGAUCACAAGCUCACCUUCCUUCCACAUGUUUUACACUUGAAGAAGAAAUGUGAACAAUCUCUAAACAUUUUAAAAAUACUCUCCAAGACAUGGUGGGGAGCCGAUCGAACCUCCCUUCUUCGUAUUUAUGAGACAGUCAUUCUUUAUCGUCUAGAUUAUGGAUGCAUGGUGUAUGGAUCGGCUCGCCGUAGUGUUUUAUACAGGCUGGAUACCAUUCAUCAUAGCGCUCUACGAAUCUCUUCAGGCGCCUUUAGAACUUCACCCGUAGAAAGUCUGUAUAAUAUUUGUCACCAGCUACCUCUUGAUUUAAGACGGAAAAAAAUAUCUAUAUUAUAUUUUUUCCGUGUGCAGACUGUGCCGAACCAUCCUUUGUGUAAAAUUGAUCUUCCGGCUAGUCUUCGAAGAAUUUAUGACGCUCGACCCUAUCAUGUUCUUCCAUUUUGUGAGAGAGUCAAAAUGCUUCUGCAGGAAUUGGACCUCAACAAUGUUAAUAUCAAAUCUGUUGAUUACUUUUGCAUUCAUCCCUGGGAUGUUCCGCAAUUUUCAUUCUUGAAUCCAUUUCAUAAAUUUGAUAAAUCAGUGACUCCGCCUGUGGUUUUCCAACAACUAUUUUCUAGCCAUCGCUGUUUGUAUUCUUCCCACCUACCAUUUUUUACAGAUGACUCAAAAUCGGAGGAAUAUGUCGGUUGUGGUAUUGUCACUCUGUCUCAUACUUUGAGCUAUCGGCUGCAUAAAUAUAACUCUGUAUAUACCGCUGAGUUAGUGGCCAUUUCCUGUGCUCUUCAGGAAAUAUCACCUGAUACUCAGCAUAAUAAAAAGGGUUGUAAUAUUACCUUUUGUUGGGUGCCGAGUCAUGUAGGCAUUUCUGGCAACGAAGAGGCGGAUUCUGCUGCAAAAUCUGCAGUGUCGCCCUUGAACCAAGGUCUUCCUUACAGUGAUGUUAGGAAGGCCCUUAAUAAACACAUCUAUUUUACCUGGCAAAAAACAUGGGACCUGCAGAUCCAGAAUGAACUUCAUUCUGUCAAACCAUAUAUUGGACUGUGGCCUAAUCACCCUAUACGCGAGGUGGAUGUUAAGUUGACUCGCCUCCGUAUAGGGCAUACUCGCUACACACAUAAAAAUCUCAUUUUUGGUGAGGCGGCACCAAAGUGCCCUGCAUGUCAUGUGGAUUUUACCAUAAAUCAUAUUUUAAUCGAGUGUCCAUCUUUUAAUCCCUCUCGCUCACUUUUCUUUAAGUCAUCGUCAUUAACUUUGAAAGACCUGGUAACCUUAUUGGUUCUGCUAUUAUUGAAAUCAGAGCUGGAAUACUUUUUUAGGGAUGGUGUGCAUUUUGUUCUUCACAUUCUGUUUAAUGCUUUCUCUGGAAUAAAACCUUGUCUUAUCAAAGGUUUAAUUAGCUUACGGAAAAGUCAAUGUCGCAAGGAGCCGAAGAAGGGAUCCUGA